AUGCGAGAUUUUCUCGACGUUGCCGUACCCGGUUAUAAGGGACCACUUCGUCAUACAGUUCGGCGCCGUUUAGCAACACUAUAUCAUCAAGAACCUGACCGACUUCGAGACACUCUAUCCACGAUCCUCGACAUCUCGAAAGGGAAUGCGACAACAAGAAUAGCGUAUGACGACGGAGAUUAUGAGACUGAUGAAAAUCUGGCUGACGAUGGAAGUGAUUGCUCAACAGAGUAUGAUUCUGAUGGCGACUCAUCGAAGAACGAAGAUGAAACGUCAUCGAAAGAAGAAGAUUUGACCGAGGAAAGCCAAGCUGACGAUGAUGAAGAGUCUUCCGAAAUCGAUGAUUUAGAACGCCGUAAAGAAUUUGAGUUGUUAAUGAAAAUAAAUAGUUUGUUAGAAGACGUACGAGCAAUGAUCACUUUCAUUCGGCGAUCGAGCAUUAUUCAUGCACAUGUUCGUAUACAAGCAAAAAAUCAACUGCACUGUGAACCCAAACGUAUUGACCAAAUAGCGAAUGAUUCCGAAGCGUCGAUGCUCAAGAUGAAAAGUCCCGAAUUAGUACUCGAUUUUAUUGUUCGAUGGAACAGCACCUACACCAUGGUUAAACGUUUUAUUGGUUUAAAACGCGUAUUAGAACCAUUUGUAUACGCAAUCGAAAUGCUAUCUGGGAGAAAUUGUCCAACAAUGGCCCUCGGACGAUUUGUACUAAAUUCGUUAAAGCAUUUUUUAUUAACAGAUUUGAAUACCGCCGAAUUAGAUGCCGUAAUCGAAAGGUGUCUAUGUACAAAAUUUACGUAUUAUUUUGAAACUAUAUUACCAACUAAGCAGCAGGAGUUGGCUCUGGUUGCUUCCUAUUUUCACUCUUUCACGUACAAAUAUCUCAAAGACGAUGAGAAACGAGAAGCCAAAAAACUGAUUUUUGCUGAUCUUCAACCAGAAAAAGCUGUAUCAGAAACUCCACAGCCGUCUCCGCCGAGUGUACAGUCUCAAGCAACUACGAAAAAAAAAUUCGCAAAUAGAUGA